CGCUCUCCUCUCUGAAAUAUUAACUUCCUGACUUCCUUUCUUCCAGGGGACUUCUAUUCACGGUCUCUAGGGCUUUGGUGAGUUUUUAAUGUAGAGGAUGUCGUGCAGUGGUUUCCUGAGGUUGCUGGCAUCGCCUUUGAGAUGGAGUAUCAAUGCUUUUCCUCAUGCCUUUGUACCAGGGAGAUGGCCAUUAACCCCAUCUUUGGGCCAGCUGGAAACCCGCACCAUGGCAACCCUCAACCAGAUGCACCGUAAGGGCAAACCAAAGUUUCCCCCACCCAAACUUGGCCCCACCUUUGGCAACCCCCAGCUCAAGGGAGUGGUUUUGAAGACCAUGAUUCGCAAGCCCAAGAAGCCCAACUCUGCCAACAGAAAGUGUGCCCGGGUGCGGCUUAGCAAUGGCAAGGAAGUGGUCUGCUUCAUUCCCGGAGAAGGUCACAACUUGCAGGAACACAGUAUUGUGUUGGUGGAAGGCGGAAGGACACAGGACUUGCCUGGGGUGAAGCUCAAAAUCGUGCGUGGGAAAUAUGACUGUGCCCAUGUACAGAAGAAGAAAUAAGCACCGAUCGCUGCUGUGUUUGUAUCACUGCAGAUAUCCUGCAGAGACAUUACUCCUUGCCCUGUACUGUUGUGACAUCUUUACACACACAUUACGCUCAUUAAAUUCUAACUCCUCUCCAAGAGACGGUGUGUUCUGA